CGCGCUCGGCUAAAGAGUAAGGAGCGCGUCCCCGUCUCGGUCUUUCCUUUCCUGUUCAAUGCCUCAUCGUGUAAGCACAGCCACGUGCAUGCAGUAGAGAUUUGCUGACUUCUUUUACGCGUCUGCUUCAUUCAACAACACGGUAACACGAUGGUGAAGUUAGCUAAGGCAGCUAAUAAACAAGCGAACCAAAAGAAAAAAGCCCCACCGCCUCCCAAAGAAGUGGAUGAAGAAUCAAGUGAAGAGGAAGAGACUCCUCCACCAAAAGUGGGAAAGAAAGCUACACCAGCCAAAGCUGCCAAUGUUAAUGCAAAAAAUGGCAAGACUACCAAGAAGGCAGAAAGUGAAGGUGAAGAUGAUGAUUCUGAGUCUGAAGAAGAGGCCCCAGCCCCUAAGAAAACCCCUGCCAAAAGUUCUGCUAAAGCCGCUGCAAAAGCUACACCCGCUGCAAAAGCGGCACCUGCUGAAGAAUCUGAUGACGAUGAUGAAGAUGAUGAUGAAGAGUCUGAAGAGGAGGCCCCACCACCCAAGAAAGCAGCAAAGUCAAAGGCCCCUGCCAAGCAAGUGAAAGCCAAGCCUGCAAAGGAGCCCUCUGACGAUGAAGAGGAAGAAGAAAACCCUCCCAAGAAGGCUGCAAAACAAGCUGUUAAGCCAAAGGCUACGCCAGCUAAACAAGAGGACGAAGAUGAUGAGGAUGACGACGAAGAUGAUGAUGAUGAUGAUGAGGAGGAGGAUGAUGAUGAUGACGAAGAUGAAUCAGAAGAGGAAAUGGACACAACACCUGCUCCAGCAGCUGCCAAAGCAAAGAAGGCAGGCAUGGUAAAAGCCAAGGAAGAGUCGGAGGAGGAGGAGGAUGAUGAUGAUGAUGAUGACGAAGAGGAGGAUGAAGACGAAGAAGAGGAAGCCCCAGUGACUCCUGCUAAGAGGAAGGCAGAGAGCAAGAAGGACACACCACCUGCCAAGAAGGCAAAGUCAGAAGGAGAAGGUUUCUGUUUGUUUGCUGGAAACCUGAAUGCCAACAAAGACUUUGACGAAAUAAAAAGUUCAUUGAGGAAAUUCUUCAGCAAGAAUGGCAUCGAGAUCGCUGAUGUCCGGUUAGGUGCAUCCAAGAAAUUUGGCUAUGUCGAAUUUUCCUGUGAAGAGGACAUGCAGAAGGCACUGGAACUCAACGGCAAAAAGGUUAUGGGCCAGGAAAUCAAGCUGGAUAAGGCCAGAAGCAAGGAAAACUCCCAGGAAGGCAAAAAAGAAAGGGACUCUCGGACGCUUUUUGUUAAAAACCUUCCCUUCGCUGCUACGGUUGAUGAUUUGAAAGAGGUUUUUGAAGAUGCAGUUGAUGUCAGGGUGCCACUUGGCCAAAAUGGGUCCAAUAGAGGAAUCGCUUACAUUGAGUUCAAAACCGAGGCUGAGGCAGAGAAAAUGCUGGAGGAGGCACAGGGCUGUGAUAUACAAGGACGGUCUGUGAUGUUGGAUUUUGUGGGAGAAAAAAGCCAGAAAGGCGCCAAGGUAGCAGGUGCAGCCAGCAAGACAUUAUUGGUGAACAAUCUAGCCUUUAGCGCCACAGAAGAGGUCUUACAAUCUACUUUUGAGAAGGCUGUUGCCAUCAGAAUCCCCCAGAGAGAUGGCAGACCCAGAGGGUAUGCCUUUUUAGAGUUUGAAAGUGCAGAAGAUGCCAAGGAAGCCAUGGAGACACUGAACAACACAGACAUUGAAGGGCGCCCAAUCCGACUUGAGUUCACCCAGAACAGCGGUGGCAGGCCUGAAGGAGGCAGGGGGAACUCUGGUCCAACGAAGACGCUUUUUGUCAAGGGUCUCUCAGAGGAGACAACGGAUCAAACACUCAAAGAUGCGUUUGAUGGCGCAGUGGGUGCUAGGAUUGUCACAGACAGAGACACGGGUUCUUCUAAAGGGUUCGGCUUUGUGGACUUUGACAAUGAGGAUGACUGCAAAGCAGCCAAGGAAGCUAUGGAGGAUGGUGAAAUCGACGGUAGCAGGGUGACUCUGGACUACGCCAAACCAAAGGGUGAAGGUGGUUUCCGUGGAGGCCGUGGAGGCGGCGGCUUCUUCGGUGGCCGUGGUGGUGGUGGUGGAAGAGGAGGUCGUGGCGGCUUUGGUGGACGUGGUGGCUUUGGGGGCAGAGGAAGAGGAGGCCCACGUGGAGGUGGCCGUGGCGGCGGCCGUGGCGGCUUUGGAGGUGGACGAGGUGGUGGUUUUGGAGGCAAGCCCCAAGGAAAGAAAAUUAAAUUUGAUGACUAAAUUUAGUCUGUUUUACUUUUUGAAUGGACUCUGGUUUCAUCAGUUUUCAGAGCUUUUGGACAUUCCAGAAAGCGUCAUUGAUAAAUAUUUAACUGUUUAAACGGGCAUUUUAGCCCCUGUAUUUAGAAUCCUCCAACUUUACCUGCCCUCCUGUGCCAAAAGGGCACAGUUGACCUUUCAACUUGUGCGAGUACUGAAUGUCCUGAAUAAAAACAUGCACCCCUCCACCUCUUUAGUUUGUACGUUUAGGAGUGAAACGGAAUGGGUCUAGCAACACGAGUUUGCUGUGAAAACAGAGCUAGUCAUUUUUCUUUGUUCCCCUUCCGAUACAUGUGUAAAUUAAACAGUUUGUAUGCUUUCUAUUUUAUCAUUUUGUAAAAAACAAAACCUACACUUGUAUCCACAUUUUGGUUUUAUUUGUUUAGUUUUAGUUUUACUGUAAUGUGUAAAGCAUAUUUUGAUAGGGUUUGAGUCCUCAGUCUGGUAUGGCAAAGAGGUCAGGAUGUUGGAGAAUGACUGCACCUCAGAAUUGUGUAACAUAUUUGUAGUGUGUUGACUGUUUCCCAUCUGAGAAUCUAAUUGUUUCAUUGAAUAAACCUUGAAGGUGAUUUUUA